GCUCCUUCAGCUGUUACUAAAGUUUUGCCUAUGAAUCAUCCUUUAAAUUUUAGUAAUACAAGGAAAUUGCAUUCUUUUCAUACUACAAAAUCAAGGACGUGGUGUCGAACUGUUGACCCUACUGCCGCAGUUACGGAACCUAAUGCAACAAAAGAGGCCAGACCUUUGGAGAGUUCAUAUAUACGGAAAGGUAAUAGUCUAGUGAGGAAACAUGUCCCAUCAAAUGACGCUUCACUUGGAUUUCCUGGUUCGAGUUCCUCAGUUUAUCGGCUAAGUCCUUGCCCCAACACUAAAAAGAAUGACCUGGCAUCUCAGUACAAGAUUGGUGAUGCAGAUGCGUUAACUCUGAAGAGAGCAGGGCAGGUAAACACUUCUGAAACUACAAAAGCACUGACCCAAAAUUGUAAUAGAAACUUAUUAAGUUGCUCUCCUUGCAACUCGGAAGAGCCUAUUCCCGAGAGUAAUCCUCACAGCAAUGAUUGUCCUCCCAAAAGUUUAGAUGUCAUGGAGGAGAGGAUAUAGUCAUCUCCAGCCCCUGAAUGUCGAACUGAUUCAGUCAUCAACUCAGAUUGCCAAAGUACAGCUGCAGAGGGGAACUCUGGGAAGAAGGUUAUCUAUGUCAAGAGAAGAUCUUAUCAAUUGGUUGCGACUUCUAAUUCUGAUGAUAUAUCUAUAUUAGGGGCGGAUAAUAGCCAAUCACGAUUAUCUGAGGGUUACUACAAAAAUAGGGAAAACCAACUUUUCAGAGCAUCACCAGAAAAUGAUGUCAAAAGAGCGAAUGAAAACCCUACCGCGUCUAGACUGGUGUCUCGCUCAAUUAUUCCUAAAAUUUAUACCAGAAGGCAAUCUGGUUUUGCCAAGAACUGCAGAUCUUCAAAGUUGGUAUUUGUGUGGAAAUUACAUGAUAAACAGGCUUCAGAAAAGCAAAAUAAUUCUUUGGGAACUCGAAAAGUCUGGCCGCGAUUAUUUUCCCCUAAAGGAGCUGCUUAUUGGAGAAGUCUUAUAUUGGGUAUGAAACCGUCCCAUUCCAACAUCAGCCAAAAACUGCUGGUGUCAAGAAAGGGAGGUGCAAUUUACACUAGAUCAACACAUGGAUAUUCUCUUAGGAUGUCGAAAGUGUUAAGUGUUGGUGGCUCUAGUUUAAAGUGGUCGAAAUCAAUUGAAAUGAACUCGAGGAAAGCCGAGGAGGAAGCUACAAAAGCUGUUGUUGCUGCUGAGAAGAGGAAAAAGGAAGAAAAUGGUACUGUUCACAUUGCUUCAAAGAGUAGAAAUCAUGUUUCUCGUGAACGAAUAUUUCGUAUUGGUUCAGAUUGAUACAAAAUGGAUCCAACAAGGACUCUUCAAAGGAUCACAGAUAAUGAAUCAUCAUCAUCAGUAACUUCUCAGUCAAAAAAGAAUGUUAAGAGAUCUUAUAUCCCCAGGAGAUUAUUGAUCGGCAAUGAAGAAUAUGUUCGAAUUGGAAAUGGUAACCAGCUGGUUAGAGAUCCAAAGAAACGUGUCCGUGUCCUUGCAAGCGAGAAAGUUCGCUGGAGUUUAAGAACUGCCCGAUUGCGAUUGGCUAGAAAGAGUAAAUAUUGCCAGUUCUUCACUAGAUUUGGAAAAUGCAACAAGGAUGAUGGGAAGUGUCCGUACAUCCAUGAUCCCUCUAAAAUAGUAGUUUGCACGAAAUUCCUGACUGGUUCAUGCACCAAUAGCACCUGCAAAUUGACGCACAAGGUUAUCCCUGAGAGGAUGCAAGAUUGUUCAUAUUUUCUGAAAGGUUCGUGCUCCAAUGACGAUUGUCCUUAUAGACAUGUACAUGUCAAUCCUGAUUCAAGUGUUUGUGAAAAUUUUCUCACAGGCUACUGUGCUGAUGGCAAUGAGUGCCAGAAGAAACACACCUACGUCUUCCCUGCUUUUGAAGCAACUGGAGUGUGUCCUCAAGCAUCGACGUGCAGGCUACACCAUCCAAAAAAGAAGACAGAAAUGAAACCAACUAUCGAGCAAAAGGUUGUAAGAGGCCGCUACUUUGAUGGGGGACUAGUAGGAGUUGAUGACUGGAGCUCAGCAUCAGCAGCAGUAGCAGCACCAGUAGAGAAGCUCUCCGCAAAAGGUAAGGAUGACAUAGUUGUGCAUGAAGGACAAUUCCCAGAUUAUAUUAGCUUAGAAGUCAGCGAUAGUGAACUAACUAUGUGAUGAUCAUGGUGUCGAAUCGAUAUAGCGUGUCGUACUUAUAUAUAUUCAUCUCCAGCCAUUGGCAGCCGGGAGACGAACAACAUAGUUGUAGAGGUGCAGGCUAUGUUCAUGAUAUGUAAUCUAUACUUGUAGAUUUUUUUACCGUUUGUAGUCACAGUUUAAUGGUUUAGGUAUAGGAUUUUGUAAGAACAA